AUGGUGCUUUCGUUGUGUUGCGUAAGUUACCCAGCCACAAGUUGUGGCAAAACCGCCCACACAGUCCGCCCAUCGUGUCGAUCAGGGCGUGGCUCAACAAGUCUGGCGAUCAAUUUGGCCACAAUUUGCCCCCCCAAAACACCCACCCAGUGCAAUUUCGAAGUCGAGGAGCCAGUUUUCUUUCCGGGCCGUUGCUUUGCGCCGUUUCCCCCAUCGGCCAGCUUGCCAUUCUCGAGCACAGAACGGAGGGGAGAAAAGGCGCCGCUUUGCCACUCGGCCUAUCACAUCGACCAGGGAGCAUUUGCUCCGGUGCUUCAAGUUGCGUGCCCAAUUCGACCUGGAUCAGAUGUUGCUUGUCCAGCACCGCGAAAUGCGGGUGGUGCACGAGUUUUAUCAGGUCAAAAUGGCUCGGCUUCACCUCUCUUGUUGUUCUUUUGCCUCUGGGAGUUUUGCGAGCUUCCCACAUCAGAGUCUUUCCCAGUCGUCCUGGGGGCAAGGUCACUGUUCAUACAGUGUGCCCGUAGACUGGUUGACUGCUUGAGCCUCUCAACUCCUCUAUACCCCCAUUCGUUUACCAAACAGCUCCGGCCUGGGCCCGGAAGGUGGCAACGGUUGGUGUUUUUUGUUCCGUGCGGAAGGCUCUCUCCCCUGCCCGAUGCCUCCGCGCAUAUAUCAGUCAGGUCCGAACGGCUCGUCUUCUUCUCCAUACUCACUUUACUAGAAGUCAGUCAACCACACUGUGGAUGCGGGCAAUUUCCUGUCACUCUCUUCUUUCUCUUUGAAGCUCUCGACUUCAUGUCAAGGCCACUCGGAGCCGACUUCAUCCAUGAUACGAUAUCACCUACUACAAGCUCCGACAGGUGGUGA